AUGGAUCAAUUCACUUUUACCAUCAGUUCUACUCAGUUUAUUAAUUACAUAUCUCCUUUUUCUCAAGAUAAUAAUACAAUUUAUCAAACUCAACAAGCUAAUACUUUAAAUAAAUUUGAAACUAUAGAUUAUGAAUUGGAUUAUAGUGAUCCAAUUCCAAGUAGUAAAUUUUGGUCAGAUUCUGAGACAAGGGCUCUAAUUUCUUAUCUAGCAGACAAUUUUGAUUUGUACUGUAAAAAUAAAACAAAAUUUUAUAGCAUGGCUGCAAAUAAAAUUGGUAAUAAUAGAACUAGCGCUCAA